GAAGAUUAUGAAAUGGAAGAAGAGAAAGAGAAAGAGGAGGAGGAGGAGGAGGAAGAAUAUGAAAUGGAAGAAGAGAAAGAGGAGGAGGAGGAAGAGGAAGAAGAAGGAAUAAAAAGAAAAAUAGAAGAAGAAAAGGAAAACAAAAUAAGGAAGAGGAGGAGGAAGAACAAGGAGGAGGAAGAAGAAGAGGAGGAGGAGGAGGAACUCUUCAGCUCCUGGGAGGUGGAGAGACAAUUGGAGAGAAUGAGAGAGAUUACCGGAGAGAAGAGGAGGAGGAUGAGAGAGAAAAUGGAGAGAAAGAGGAAGAAGGGAAAGGAGGAGGAGGAGGAGGAGGAGAGAAGGGAGGGAGAGAGAGAGGAGGAGGAGAGAAGGGAGAGAACAGGGAUAAAAACAGAGGAGAGAGUGGAGGAAACGGAGAGAAAGAGGGAGGGAGAGUCGGAGAGAAAGAGGGAGGGAGAGAGAGAAAGGGAGGGAGAGAGAGUGUCAGUAAGGGAGAUAUUUCCAGAUCUUGAUAACAUAGACUCGUCCUUACUCCCUCUCCUCCCUGAAAACCUAAGGGAGGAGGUGGAGGAGGAACUAGCAAGGCACAGGGAGAGGAAGGGAGACGGGAGAGAAAGGGAGGGAGAGAGCGCGAGACAGGGAGGGAGAGGAGGAACAUCGAAGAGAGAGAGAGAGCGGAAAUUCACCUCCAAAAAUGGGACUUCAAACACCACCAGUAUUUUACGGUUCUUUCAACACCGCCCAAAGAACACCACCACCACCACCACCACCACCGCCACAACACCGCCACCUCCGCCCAGUGCCAAGGAGGGCAGUGUGGUGCUGUGCGAGGAGUGCCGGCAGUGGGUCUCGGCAUUUGAGCUUCUUGAGCACGAGGAUUUUCAUGUUGCAUUAAAACUGCAGAAGGAUUUUGGUGGUGUGACGGGUGGUGUUAGUGGUGUUGGAGGUGGUGUUAGUGGUGGUGGUGGUGGUGCAGGGUCUUCCUAGUCUUCCUCCUCCUCUUCUUCCUCUUCCUCCUCCUCCUCCUCUUCCUCAUUUUUCCGUUCUCAACCUCAGAGUAGAAAGAUUUAGAAUUGAUUUUAUGUUGGUGGUAGCGAUGUGAGCUUUCCCUCCUCCUCCUCCUCCUCCUCCUCCUCUUCCUCCUCCUCCUCCUCCUCUCCUCCUCUGCCUCACAGUAAGAAGAUGUAGAACAAUUUUGCUAGUGUUGGUGGUAGCAAUGUGAGUUCUCCUUCCUCCUCCUCCUCCUCCUCCUUCUUCUUCCUCUUCCUCCUCCUCCUCCUCCUCCUCCUCUUCCCCCCAGACCCCAUGGUAAGAAAAUACAGCCUCUCGCCGUCCUCCUCAAAAGUUGAUUACGUUUAUUGUUAACAGUUAAAGCAAGGAAUAUUAUUUUUUUUAAGCUUUUUUUCAUUAUAAUGUUUGUGGUUUUGGUGUGAUGUGGUUGAUUUAUCAUAUUAUAUCAUGGUUUAAAUAUGUAUAAUGUAUAUCGUGUGCUGCGGCCAUCAUCCGACAUCCGUUCUAUCCGUCCGACAUCCGUGUAAUCAUCCGCCUACAGAAAUAAUGGUAAUAAUAAUAAUAGUUUUUAACCGAGUGACGUCAGUGUUCCGAGUGUUUGGGUUGAAUAAACAAAUCCUUUAGAACAUGGUGGUCUGCUCCUUAUGCUAUACCCUAGGCUAAGUAGUCCACAAUGUACACCAGCACUUGUUUGCCGCCCACGCACACGCACACACACACAUGGGGGCGCACACACACACACACACACACGCAUACACGAGUGGUCCGAUUUUAGUCGACACAUCCUGAGGUUUCCCGAUAAUGACAUGAUAAUCAGCGCUGGCGACACACACACACACACACACACACCACGAUAUGCGCACCACCGCCACCACCUCCGCUUAGGUUCCAGUACCUUCAAGUAGGAUCCAAUUCCUUAUAGGCGAGUGAACAUAGGAUUUAAGCUUACAAUAGACACCGGACUCUCUCUCUCUCUCUCUCUCCAUAACCUACACUCAAGUUCCAAUACCUUUGAGUAGGAUCCAAUUCCUUAUAGGCGAAUGAACAUAGGAUUUAAGCUUACAAUAGACAGCGGACUCUCUCUCUCUCUCUCUCUCUCUCUCCGCCACUGCUGCCCCAUUUAAGCCGCCAGCCGCCCUAAGCCGCCCCAGCCUAGCCUGGUGUCUGGUCUGUCUGUCUGAGGAUGUGAAUGAUCGUGUGCGUGUGUGUGUGUGUGUGUGUGUGUAAGGAACCCAGCAUCACUAACCUGCACACACACACACACACACACACACACACACAGAGGGGCUAAAGUGAGGUGUCUGUCUACAUGAGCUAAUGUGUACACCAGCUAUAUGUAUGUACGCACGCUACCUACACACACACGCGCGCACACAGCGGUGGCGACGGGAAAAAAAAAAUAUCGAGAGAGAGAGAGGGGGGGGUGUUUGUGCGCUCCCCUCCCUACCCCCCAUACCUCCAAACAUGUUCCAAACACGUCCAUCGCCACCCCAAAAAUUACAUAUAUACAUACAUACAUACAUACACUAUAUUAUACGUACAUACAUACAUACAUACACCAUAUCAUAAGGAGAAAAAAAAAUUUGAUAAUCACAAUAAUAAUAAUAAUAAUAAUAAUAAUAAUAGUAAUAAAUUAGUCCAGAGUUGCCACAGAUAGAUCGAGGAGGAGGUGGUGGUGGUGGUGGUAGUGAACACACACACACACACACACACACACACACACACACACACACACACACACACACACACACACACACACCGGCACUGCUUAAGUCCAUAUACAUAAGUGCUGUUUCAAAGUGCCAUUUUAAUAAGUGGGAGGAGGGAGGGAGGGAGGGGCAUUUCUGGCACUGGGGGGGGGAGGGAGUGGAGGAGUGGAGGGGUGGAGGGGGGCAUGAAUUUGGGGGUGGAUGGGUGGAGGCAUAUACAUACUGUCUUUUAAAUGUAUGUAUGUGUGUAUGUGUGUGUAUGUAUGUAUGUAUGUAUGUAUGUAUGUAUGUAUGUAUGUGUGUGUGUGUGUGUGUGUGUGUGUGUGUGUGCCCCUCAGUCUUCCUCCUCCUCCUCCUCCUCCUUCUUCUUCUUCAUCUUCUUCUUCUUUUCUUUAAUUAUUGUUUUUUUUAUAUAUUUUCUCUUCCUUUCUUUCCUCUUCCUUCUAUGUCCACUAUUUAUCAUUAUUAUUUUCCUUCUUUUUCUUCUUAAUUUGUCUUCCUGUUAAUCUUCAUCAUCACACACUUCCUUUCUCCUCUCAUUUAUUGCAUUUUCUUCCUUAAUUCCUGUUCUUUAUCAUAAUUUCUGCCUCUUCCUUGCUUUACAAUUACCACAUUUUCUUCUUUUUCUUCUUUAUUUUCAUCACAUUUUCUUCUUCUUUCUCCUCCUUCCUUCCUUUCUCCUCUCAUUUAUUGCAUUUUCUUCCUUAAUUCCUGUUCUUUAUCACAAUUUCUGCCUCUUCCUUGCUUCACAAUUUUCACAUUUUCUUCUUUGUUUUCAUCGCAUUUUCUUCCUCUUCUUCUUCUUCUUCUCCUUCUUCUCCUUCCUUCCUUCCUUCCUCCUUUGACAAUGUUUCUCUCUGUCUACAUUCAUUUGUUUUAAUAUUGCACUGUGCGUAACUUCCUUUCUGUGUACGUAUUGCUCUCAUCAACGCGCACACACACACACACACACAUACACUCUCUCUCUCCUUCCCUCCCCCUCUCUCUCUCUCUCUCUCUCUCUCUCUCCUCCAUCUCUUCCUUUUUCCUCCACUUCUCUCUCCACAUCUUCCACGCAUUGACGCAACACUGGUUCUCGACGACGGACUAAUUUCCCGACGUAACAAUCUUGGGGCUGGGUGGUGGGUGGGGGUCAAAAGGUCAGGUCAGGCUGGGUCAAGGCUCACUAUGCAAUGACCUUCUCUUCCCUCCUCCUCCUCUUGCGAUGUUCCCCGGUUGUUAUGUAUGAAGACUUGUAAUUCGGAUAUCCUCUCUCUCUCUCUCUCUCUCGAGCUUAAAGUUUUUUAAUUUGUUUACGAUCAGUCUCUCUCUCUCUCUCUCUCUCGUUCUAUCUUCUUCCUCUUCCUCUUCUUCCUUUCUUCUAUAAUUUUGCUCUCUCUCUCUCUCUCUCUCUCUCUCUCUUUCUCUCCUUCUUCCUCCUCCUCCUCCUUUAACAAAUCAUUUUCUCUCUCAUUUUCUUAUUUUCUCUCUUUUCUCUCCUCCUCCUCCUUCUCUUUCAUUUUCUCUCUCUCUCUCUCUCAUGCUUUCCAAUUUCCUUUCUUAUUCAGACGAACACAAUUUUUCCCUUCACGUCAACACACGCGCGCACACACACACACGGUUAGUUUAUGCGUUCGUCCGUUUGUUUGAGCUUGUUUACGUCUUGUCUCUCGGGCUGCAAACAUCGGCGAACUGUCUGUCUGUCUAUAUAUAUUUUUUUUUUUCCUUCGCUAUCUAAAACACAAUAUUCAGAAGAACGCGCUUGGAAUUGGAAUCGACGGACAAACACCGAUUUAGCGGAGGUGGUGGUGGUGGUGGUGGUGGUGGUGUUGACGGUGGUGGAGGUGGAGGUGAUGAAAACAGCACUUGUAAACACCCACAUUCAAUAAUAAUAAUAAUAAUAAUAAUAAUAAUAGUUGUAAUUGUAUAGGAAAUUAAGAGUUGUUGCUAUUGCUAUUCUUGUUGUUGUUGUUAUUGUUGUUGUUGUUAGGGGGGUAGGGUGGGGGGGACACCGACACUAACCAACUGACUAACGAACUAACGCAAUUAAGAAAAAAAAGAGAAAAAAAAAUAUAUAUAUUAAACUAGCUAUAUUUAUUUGUUUAUUUAUAUCAUUACAAUCACGACUAUGUAAUCUUUUUUGCGCUCUCUCUCUCUCUCUCUCUCUCUCUCUCUCUCUCAUUUGUGACUCGCUGCCGAACUAGAAGACUUUUUUUUUUCCGAAUGCAUUUUUUUUCUUUUUUUUUUUCUCUCCGUUCUUUCGGUUGAGUCUCGGUGGAGCGCGCACACACACACACGCACACACAAAAAAAUAA